GGGACGAUGAAGUCCGUGAAUUCAUUCGUUCUGUUUUUCUUGACGCCAAAUUGAUCGAAAACAAUGAUUCUAGACAACAACUAGUAUUUUUCACUCAGCUGGAAACAAUUUUUCGAUAUCUUCAAUCCCCAAGAAUUAUGGAACACGAGAUGAUGCACUUAAGAAUAGAGUAUGGUCGGCAAUACACCAUUGCCGGACUAAAAAUUAUGAAUGAUACCUUGCAUGUCAGCUUCAAUUUGUUUUCCGCGCAAUACCCUCCCCUUGACCAACCUGAUGUCGACAGUUAUGUUGCGAGACCAUUAGACUGCACUGAUUUCACGAUACCUUUUAAAGGACACUUAAAAAAAGGUUUAGUAAAUUGUUUGAAAAAUAAAUUUUUGAAAGACUCGAUACUGAACGAAUUAAUUGAGCAAUAUCAACAACAAGAGUUCUUUCCUGCUGAUAAUGAAAACUUAUGUACAACUAAAUGGGAAGAAAUUCUUUGUAGUACACCCUUUAAAAGAGGUCAUAUCAGUGAAGAAUUAACCUCCGAAGAAGUCAAAAGAUUAGAAUCAAUAACUAUGGCGGAAAUUCAUGAAAAUUUGUUUGACUUUAUCAGUAGGACUUCCGAAUCAUUUAGGAAAGCAUCCAAGCAAUCCUUUGAUUCAGAAAAUAUCAGGCCGAUUAUGUUAGUCAUACACGGCAUACAAACCACGUCCGGUGAGCGGCCCGAAAUUAGGAGGUUUAACCGCAAUAUCGCAUGGAUGGUUUUUAAUUAUUUCAAAAGCUAUAUGAAUGAUCAACAGAAGUACAAGCAUAAGAUAGUAACGUUUGGUAGUCAAAAUCUUCUUGCUGUUGAGAUGCCAUGGCGCAAUAUUUUAAUUGGAAAUAGUAUGCAAGUAAAAAACGAAAUAAAAGUGACGAUGGCAAACAGGCUUAAAUUCUCGGAGUCCGGAAAUGAAGUUGACAGCGCUUUAACGCUGCCAGAUCUGAAAAAUCCAAGCCCCAGUUACUUUGUCAAUAUAGCGAUUUUACACGAUGAGGUUGCUUUUGUAUGCUCGUUAGUUGGAGAAAACGCUCUUAUUAGGGAAACUUCUUAUGGCUACAUCAAAUGGUAAUAGUUUGCCAUUGUAGCAAUAACAUAAACUAACUUUUUUACGCACGCCAAAGCGAGUUACAGCCCUUAAGUCGCUUUUUCGAUCAGUUGGUUACAUAUCAAAGUCCAAUAC